AUGGUUGAUAGCGAAGCGAACUCGCCCACGUGGAAGUUCACGCAGUGCUUUGGUGACAAGGGCGAUGUUGAAGACAUCACCGAAGCUGAUAUCAUCUCGACGGUUGAGUUCGACCAUACCGGAAAUUAUCUCGCUACGGGCGACAAGGGAGGUAGAGUGGUGCUCUUCGAACGCAACGAGACGAAAAAAACCUGCGAGUACAAAUUCCACACCGAGUUUCAGUCGCACGAACCCGAAUUCGACUAUUUGAAGUCCCUAGAGAUUGAAGAGAAGAUCAACAAGAUUAAGUGGUGCCGGCGACAAAAUGCUUCCCACUACUUGCUGUCCACCAACGACAAGACGAUCAAGCUGUGGAAAGUCUUUGAGAAGUCGCUCAAGGUUGUCGCCGAGAACAACCUCUCUCACGAUGUCACGCCUGGUAGUCUGGCGGGAGGAGGCGGCGCUCCCAGGCCGCUUCCUGCCCACCGGUUCAGGGAUGCUGCCGACCUCAAGCUUCCUCGCCUCACACAUCACGAUACGGUUGUUGCCGCCGUGCCACGCCGAACAUACGCCAACGCCCACGCCUACCACAUCAACAGCAUCUCGGUGAACAGCGAUGGAGAGACCUUCAUCAGCAGCGACGAUUUGCGUAUCAACCUGUGGAACCUUAACAUCCAGGAGCAGAGCUUCAACAUUGUUGAUAUCAAGCCUGCAAACAUGGAGGAGCUCACUGAAGUCAUUACGGCUGCCGAGUUCCACCCCAUGAGCUGCAACUGGUUCAUGUAUGCUAGCUCAAAGGGCACUAUCAAGCUCGCCGACAUGCGGCAGAGUGCUCUGUGCGACCAGCACGCGAAGUUAUUCGAGCAAGAGGAAGAUCCUUCAUCACGCUCAUUCUUCUCCGAAAUCAUCUCUUCCAUCUCCGAUGUGCGAUUCUCGUAUGAUGGCCGAUACAUCCUGUCCCGCGAUUACCUCACCGUCAAGAUCUGGGACAUCAACAUGGAGCGGCAGCCAGUCAAGACGAUACCGAUUCACGAGCAUCUUCGCCCACGGUUGUGUGACACCUACGAGAAUGACAGCAUAUUCGACAAGUUCGAGGUGGUCUUCUCAGGAGAUGCCAAGAAUGUCAUGACGGGCAGCUACAACAAUAACUUCAUGAUCUAUCCUUCAGACCCUGACAAGGAAGUCGAGGUUGUCCUCCAGGCGGAUAAGUCGGCUUUCAAGGCUAAGAAGGUUGGAGUCCCUACACCCAUCAAUUCAUCGACAAGCCCGACUGCGACCAACGGAAAGAAGGGCGGCUCCAGGGCGGGUAGCCCAGGCGGUCAAGGUCAGCGGAUGCGUAAGGAGACAGACGCAGACCAGAUCGAUUUCAACAAGAAGAUUCUGCACAUGAGCUGGCAUCCGUUUGAGGACAGUAUUGCGAUUGCAGCUACGAACAAUCUCUUUGUCUUCUCGGCACUCUAG